AUGACUACUGCCAAGCUGAUCAUUAUCAAUUGCUCAUCUGGAUCGAAUGUAACAAAAAAGAAAGAAAACUUCCAAGAUGAAGCAAUAUUUUUGUUAUUCGUUCAUCAUAUUUCUCACGACAUGUACACUAGCCUUCGGAAAAACAAUUCCGAUGUUGUUACGGUUAAACUUGGUCUCAAACUUAUUCAAAUAGCUGAUGUGGAAUGGCAAGAUUUUAGCUUCAUAUGGUCGCCCGAAGAAUUUGACGGCGUCGAGUACAUUCAAAUGCCUAGUGAUCUUAUUUGGAAACCUGAUCUUGUUCUAUAUAACAAUGCGGAUGGUGAUUAUCAAAUAACCACAAGGUCGAAGGCACAAAUUCGAUAUGAUGGAACUGUCAUCUGGAACCCUCCAAUGAUCUACAAAUCCUACUGUGCGAUCAAUAUUGCAUAUUACCCAUUUGAUAUACAGAACUGUACGUUGAAAUUUGGUACAUGGACAUACCAUGGUCGACUAGUUAAUCUACAAUUUUUGACCGAUAAUGAAUCAACUGUACUUGAACGUGGUUGGGACUUAGAAGAUUAUGUUCCAUCUAUUGAAUGGGAAAUUCUAAGCUUACCAGCUAUUCGACACGAAAUUGUUUAUGCAUGUUGUGUUGAAGUUUAUCUCGAUCUAACAUUCGUCUGCAUUGUUCAACGCAAACCAUUAUUUUACAUUGUUAAUUUAAUAGUACCGUGUAUUAAUAUGUCAGUCCUAGCUGUUCUCGUAUUUCUUUUACCAUCCGAUAGUAAAAAGAAGAUUACCCUAUCAAUCUCGAUUCUCGUUGCUCUACUAGUGUUUUAUCUCUUGCUCAUUGAACUUAUUCCGCCAACAUCCGUCGUCAUCCCGCUCCUCGGUAAAUAUUUACUAUUUACACUCGUCAUUGUAAAUCUUUCGAUUAUUAUUACAAUUAUUACAUUGAAUAUACACUUUCGUCGCCAUCCGACAACACAUAUGUUACCGUGUAUAAGGAAUUUCCUUCUGAUCUAUCUGCCAAAACUUUUACUCAUGGAACGACCGCCGAUGCCACAGAAAUACGUUUAUGUUAAAUCGUCAUCGGCUGACGCGACAACGGAUCAAUCUUUAACAUUUCCAUGGAAAGAUGAACGGCGACGAUCGAUCGCUCGACGAACAGCUGAUCAUAUUGCAUACAUUGCUCAACAAAUUGAAAAUGCCAAAAAAGAAAAGGAAAUCGUCGAAGAAUGGCGUUUUAUUGCCUUAAUUAUCGAUCGUCUCUUUCUGAUUAUCUUCGUGUCAGUUAGUCUUGUUGGAACGUAUUUAUCAUUACGACGAGCACCUUCGUUCACGAAAGAUUACGAACCUGUUGAUCCCCGAUGUUAUUUAUAUUAUCCACCUGUAAAUAAUUCUCAGUGGCUGGAAAAGUGUGGCACCGAUUACCUGCGUAAUUUAUCGAAUCGAAAGUUACUUUCGAAUAGUUAA